UUUUUAAUGAUUAUUAUUGUUCUUAUUAACCAGUUAUCUCGUGACCAUGUGGACCCGCGCAGCCCGCGCGCUCUGGGGACUUUUACUUCUGACAGCUUUGGAUUUAUCAGGCUGCCUGGAGGUGACGGUGCGACCAGACAAACACUCGAGGGUGAUGGUGUCCACCGAGCUGCCGCCGGACCUGUGCGCGGUGUGUAAGAUCAGCGGCGUGAACGACACCGAGGUCUCCUGCUCCGGCGCCCUGGACCUGCUCCCCGAGGUGGAGGUCAAGCUGCUGCUGAACUGCACCCAGCCGGUGGAGUCCGCGUACUCCGUGUCGCUCUCGCACAGACUCGAGUGCUCUACAGACGCCUGCAGACCCUCGACGGUAGAAGCUCAAAUGUCCAUCCUGACCGAGCUGAGCCGGACUUUCACCUGGGACGUGACGGCGCCCGAGAAGACGGCCGUGUACCUGGACGUCCUCGGUGAGGGGCUGGUGCGGGCGUCACAGCCCUGCUCCGAUGGAAUUCAGUUUGCCUUGGUCGAUUCCCAACGGGGCAGCCAGCAGCCGACUCAGUACUGUCGAGGAGGUUCUCAGACUCGUCUGGAGCUGACCAAUCAGGACGUUGUCGUUCUGCAAGCUGCUCCGAAGGCUCAGGACACGGUGGUGUUUCAGGCCUCCGCCGGACCUCUGAAGGGCAAAACCUUUGUGGUAAGCAUUGAUUCGGGCACUACGGUGGUCCUGAACCCGCAGGGUCUGAAGUGUGAAAUCUGCACCGCCACCGGCUCCACUCCCGACUGCAGCUCAGGGGAAAAGACGCUGACCAAUGUUGCAAAUCUCUCUGUGGAGUUCGGCUGCAAAACACCCCAAGACGUGUUCAGUGUGAGCAUGAGUAAGAAAAUAGAAUGCACUCAGAGCUCGUGCACGCCUGCAGCAGCUGAAGUCGAUCCCGACCUCUUCAAAGACUUCGAACGAUCCCUGAGGUGGGACGUCGGUGUCCCGGACAGGACCGAAUUAAGUCUGGACUUUCCCGGCGACGGACUGAAGGAAAUCUCCGCGGGAGAAAGCUGUGAAGACGGGUUUCUUUACUCUGUUAGUACCACUAAAAACGACGGGCGCAUCAAAACCAGCAGCUACUGCAGAGGAGGGAUGGUGUCCCACCUGGACCUGCUCAGAGCCACGACCGUCACCGUGGACGCUCCCAAAGGAGGAGACGUGGAGAAGACGGUGUUCAGCAUUAGAGCUGCACCACGAGCUAGCCGGAUGAUGUCUGUGACCCCCGACCCCGACACCAUCAUCACCAUCAGCAGGCAGAGCGCCGAGCCGGACUGCAGCGUGUGCGUGGGCCAGCCGCCCAAUCAGAAAUGCAACGACCGAUAUCUGCAGCUGAGAGACCCCCGCAACACCUCGGUGGAGUUCACCUGCCCUCAGCCUCAAGACCUCUUCACCGUGGAGAUCAACAGAGAAAUCGACUGCACGGAGACCUCCUGCUCUGGUGACAUAGUUCAAGCGGAGACCUCCCUGUUCCCGGACUUCAACCGGACCUUCAGCUGGGACCUGAAGGUGGUCUCCACUCACGCCUUCCAGCUGGACUUCCCGGAACCGGGAAUGCGGCAGAUUCCCAACGGGGAGACGUGUCCGGACGAGCACACGUACUCCUUCCUGGUCUACCUGCGCUCCGGACCGGUGGGCGUCGGCACUUUCUGCAAAGGGGGACUCGUGACCUCCAUCCUCGCUCGCUACAAGGGCCGCGUCAGCCUAGAGGUCCCCGGCUACGCCAAGCUGAACCCGGUCAAUUUUAAGCUCAAAGUCGGGCCGGAAACAGACAAGGUGGCCAUAGUGAAAGUCAACCUGCCACGAGGUGUGUCGGAAAAUGAGUUCAUCUCGCCCAACUACCCGGGAGAUUUCCCAGACCUCCAGAAGAUGCAGUGGGACUUCACAGUUCCCGACAUGCACAACUACAGCGUGCGGUUCCUCGACCACUCGGAGCCGGAGUGCCUGGACGGCGACGUGACGGUGGAGUAUCAGAGAGACGACAAGAAGCCCACCACGCUGAGCCUGACCGACGCUCAGCCGGAGCACCAGCAGGGGAGCUUCAGCAUGCUGCUGAGCAACUGCGAAACCAACAGGACGCUGCAGGGACUGGCGCUCAAGUACAGAGUGUCUGUGAUGAGGAGCGGCCAUCCAGUUCUGUGUACGGUGGAUCUGACGAAACACAAAGGAGUGUCGGUGCAGCUGGAGAAGGUCGGCUCCGAUCCGUACUGUGAAAUGAGCAUCGACUCCCAGGUCCAAGAGAAGAUCGACGUGGCGGCCGGCUCCUCGGCCAAGCUGUCCUUCCUCGACUGUCCGGUCGAGGACGUUCGUCUCACUGCUAGUCAGCUCAUCGAGUGCCAAAAUGUGGCGUCGUGUCCUGCAUCCGUCCUCAGCAUCCCCACGCUGGACUCCUGUUUACGGACGCCACUGCGCAACUUCACCUGGAACAUCCGGAUCCCUCAGAGCGGCACGGUGGACCUGGUCUCCCCCGCCGGGACCCUCAAACAGUCCCUGCCGGCUCUGAAGUGCAGGCAGGCCGUCACGCUGCACGUGGCCGAGGGCGACGGCUUCCCCGUCGGGGAUUUCUGCUCCAAUGGCACACUGCAGAAAGUUCAAGUGCACGCCAACGUCUCCGUCACGGCCACGGCCCGCGACUUCAGCAAAGCCAAGGGGCCUUUCCUCAACGUCAGCGUCAGCCGGGAGAUCAAAGAGACCAUUAUUUACAGAGUCAGCCCAACGCUGACGUCCCCGACCCUGCUGGCGACCCCCAACUGGCCCAAAGGCACCAAGCCCUCCUCCACCGUCUCCUGGAUCGUGGCCGUGCCGAGCGGGUACAAGGCGCACCUCCACUUCAUCAACGUCAGCCAGCCCAAGUGUCAGAACCAACACACCGCCAUCAACGUGAAGAUGCUGGAGAACGAGGAGGAGAUGAUGAGCCGCAACGAGAACGAGCAGGUGGAGGACCUGCUGGUGCCCAACAGUUUCUAUCUCAACAUGUCCAACUGCAUCCCCGAGAAGGGCGACUUCGGCGCAGUGACCAAAAUCACCUUGGAGAAGACGAGUAAUCUCUUGGCCAUCGCUCUGGGGAUCGCCGGAGCGCUUCUGCUUUCUCUGAUCGUGUUGGGUCUCGUUUGUUUCUUCACGAAGAAAAAGCAAAGAGACAAAAAGAACAAAGAGGCGUCCAUCUACAUGGGCAAAGGGAGCAUCUUCCGCCCAGGCGACAGGCACUUCUCCAAAUCCCGGUCCGACAACGAGUCCCACGUCUACGACUCCAUAGAUGACACGAUGGUGUACGGCCACCUGCUGCCCGACUCCAGCUACGCCGACAGCCUGUCGGACCACUACAAGGGCAGUCAGCCGGACAGCUACCGCACCUUCACCGGCACCGCCAACAACGCGCUGCCCAUCAUCAACGAGCCGGACCCGGAGCCCGAGAUGGACGGCUUCAGCACCUUCCUGUCCCCCUCGGACAGCUUCAUGCCGCCCCGCCCGCGCACCCCCAUCAGCCGGCAGGACAGCCUGGGCUUCCAGGACAGCAGGAUGGUCGACAACGAGCUGUACACGUUCAAGAGCACGGGGGACAUCAACACCAUCCGCCUCUCCGCCGCCGACCUGGAGCCGCAGCCGCCGGUGACGGAGGACUCCCUGUAGCGGGUCCGGACCCCCCCCCCACCCCCCACCCGAGCCAUGGACUGCUGUUACUUACCCUCCCGUGACGGCGCGGAGAACCCGCCCGCCAGUCCCGGCGUGAGCGUCUGCGCCUCGGAGGAAUCCAAGUCUGGUGGUUUUUCGUGACGCGGUCGUCUGUUCAGACGUCGGACGUUUGUGGAGCUUCAGCGGCGGAAGCUGUGAAAUGUGUUGUUUGUUUUUUUUUAAAGGAAUAGUUUUACGGAUGUCUUGCUGAGAGUCGGAUGAGAAGAAGGUAAACACUGUAAAUACGAAGCUGCAGGUAGACGGUUCACAUCAGCAGAAGAGAUCCGAGCACUGAAAUCCACUAAAGCUUCCUAAUCAGCAUAUUUAAUCCUGAUGUUGUCUCAGUCAACACUUUGAUAAUGAUGAAAUGAAUAUGCUGAUUAGUGAGCUUUAAAUACACUAGUGAAAAGUUACACCAAAUUUCUGACCUGGUUUUGCUGAACUAACCUUAGUAUCUUCUGUUCAUGGACUGUUUUCAUUCAACUCUGAGCAGGAAAGCUAAAAAAAAACAAACAGUUGAACCAUCUCUUCAUUGUUAAAUUGUUUUUGUUUAACUGCCUGUGUGGCGUUUUAUAAGCAGGGACUACAAAAGAAUGGACGAACACAUCUGUUCCUAGUUUUCAAAGUGUUUUUAUAUGUUUACUUUUUUUUUGUUGUACAUGGAAUUUAGGAUUUUUUUUUUUUUUUUCCAAUAAAUUCAAGGAAAUUUGCUUGGUGAGGAAACAGUUUUCUUCCUGAAGCGAUGACGGCUGUCACAUUGAACCAACUGACAUUUCACUUUCUCUGUGAGGCUUUAACACUGACCUUUUAUGUGCAUCAGGGAUGGCAAAAAAAAAAAAAAAAAAAGAUUCAACCGCAGGAAA